UAUCAACAAUAACAAACCCAUGCGUUGCUAUUAAUUCAUCUAUCGAUCUAUCCAUUGCUGGCGUUGAGCAGUCUCAAGUUUCAUCCCAGAAGACUGGUUCUAAACUUAUCAUGCCUCGACUCCGGCCCAAACGUAAAGGUCUCCAGGCCCAAAUUGACAAUGUGGUGGCGCCCAAGUUAAGGGACAAUUUAGCCGAUAUUGAGGAGGAUGAAGCCGUGAGUAAAGCCAAAGUGGUGGGCCAGGCUUCCGAUUCGGGUGAUGGCUCCUCAGGAUCUGAUUUAGAGGAGGCGGACUUUGAUUAUGAGUUUGCCCAAGCCCCAAGUUCGCUUCGACGCAAAGCAGCGCCGAGUUUAGCUCAAUUGGACCCUAAAUAUCGCGGUCUGAAGGUCUCGCGUCGGGCCUUGAAGCAAGGCCGGGGGGAUGGUCAAUCGACUUUGACGGUGGAUGAAAAAGAACACGAUCAAGCUGACUGGGGACACAUGUUUGAUGAGUCUGGCGAGGACGAAGGCGAGGACGAAGACGAAGAAGAGGAAGGAAAGCCUGAUGAAAGCGAAGAGGACCAAGAUGGAGAAGAUCAGGACGAAGAGGAAGGAGGAGGAGGAGGAGGAGGCUUCACUUUCGAUCAGGACAUGGAUUUUAAUAAAUUCGGAUCCAUGAUGGAUUAUGAAGAUAAAAAUGUUGAGGACAAGGAUGACCUGGAGGAAGACGACGACGAUAAAGAAGAAAAUGACUCGGACAAAGACAGUGACGAAGAAGAACUAGAUGAUGACAAUGACGAAGACGAUAAUGAAGACCUCGAAGAGGAGAAUAAGCCCUCAGGUCCGAUCAGUACCAUGUCGAGCCAAAACUUAGACAAAGAGGUGGCCAAAGGACGAGCCAUUCAGAAUCAAAUGAAGAUCUGGGAAAGCUUGCUCGAGGUUCGAAUCCAGUUGCAAAAGGCAUUAGGAAAGAUAAACCAAUAUCCUCAACCCUCGUCUUGGCCCUUGUUCCAAGCGGCGGGCGACGAUCAGUACCGAGAAGACAUCCACGCCACUCAAAAAUGUCUCGAUGGGGUCAUGGAUGAAAUAUUAUAUUUGGAAGAUGAGAUCAUUCAAAACAAUCCAAACGCAUGCCAAGCUUUGAAGCGACCCAUUAGCCAAGAGAAUAAUGAUGACCCGACCAGUGUUGAACCCAAACCCAAGAUGUCCAAGCAGGAUCGAGACUUGCAAGUUAGGUUUGAGCGUCUCAUCCCCAUGCGCAACGAAGUUAUAGAGAAGUGGAAUGACAAGACCCGAUUGGCCUCGGGCGUGGUAAAGAGUAAAUCCUUUGCCGGCUUCGAAACAUCCACUCUCAAGCAAAUCGAACACUUGCUUCUAGACAAACCCAGAUUGAUCAAGCGAACACAGGUCCGGCGAUCGGCUUACCAGAUUUUGGGUACGUCUCCCGAUGAGUCUCAUGACUCAGCGGACAUUGACAAAGGUCAUCCAUCGAAUGUGGAGAUUUUUGAUGACGACGACUUUUAUCAUCAGUUGUUGAAAGAAUUCAUCGAUCGCAAAGCCUCAAGUGUUACUGAUCCGCAUCAAUUAGGCCAACACUGGCUUCAAAUCCAAAAGAUGCGGUCCAAAAUGAAACGCAAAGUCGACACCAAGGCCAGUAAAGGUCGGAAAACUAGAUAUGACAUUCAUGCCAAGCUUGUCAACUUCAUGGCUCCCAUCUACACGCAAUCAUGGAAGGACGAGUCCAAAAAUGAACUCUAUGCCUCUCUGUUUGGAGCUAAAAAUGGCCCAUCCAAGUUAUUGAAAGAGUAAUUAUAUGCAUCAUACUUUGGAGAAUAAAAGAAGCGCUGAUAUCAAUUUU